AUGAAGCCUGCAAAAAAAAAAAAAAAAGACCCAUGUUUUCUUGCUCUUUCUCGCUCUACAUUUUCUCUGGGUUUUAUUUUAAUGAAGAAUAGACAACAAUAGCGCAACGUCAUUCAGUUUUUAAGAAAUUUAAGACCUCUCGUCCCUCUCAACUUGCACAGGUCUCUCUCUCGAUUCCUCAGCAUGAUCAUCUAUCCAUCCCUCUCAUCAUCUUUAUCUGUUUUUUUCCAUCUUCUCUUCUCUUCUCAUCAUCAUCAUCAUCUCUCUGUCAUUGUCUUUGCUCCCAUUUCUCCAUGUCAAGAAACCAACAAGUUAUGUGGCCCAGAUUAGUGGCUAACAAGAUCCUUGGGAAGAGAUUAGGAAGCAACAACUUCGUCGCAGACUUUCCCAGAAAAAAGGAGUUUCCAAGCUUAGAUUUCUCAUCUUUGAAUCCCAACAAAACCAUAUUCGGUAGCCAUAAAGCUACACAUAACUACAGGAUUUUUGUUAGCACAUGGAAUGUUGGAGGUGUUGCACCACCUGCAGAUUUAGAUAUGGAGAAAUUGCUUGAUACAGGCAACACCUCCUGCGAAAUCUAUGUUCUUGGUUUUCAAGAAAUUGUACCUCUUAGCACCUCCAACGUGCUGGGAUCAGAAAACAACAAGAUUUCAACGAAAUGGAACUCCCUGAUUAGACGAGCUUUGAACAACAAGAACACAAGGAAACAACAUUCCAGUGAAGAAGGAAAGCUAUCGAAUGAUGAAAAGAGCAUCAAUAAUAUCCCAGGGCAAGAGUUUCGGUGUGUUAUAAGUAAGCAAAUGGUUGGGAUUCUAAUCUCAGUUUGGGUCCGAAGCUAUCUGUGUCCCUAUAUCCGGUACCCUAGUGUCUCCUGUAUAGGCUGUGGAAUCAUGGGCUGCCUAGGAAAUAAGGGUUCGGUUUCGGCUCGAUUUAAACUACACGAAACAAGCUUCUGCUUCGUGUGCUGUCAUUUAGCAUCUGGGGGUAGACAAGGGGAUGAGAAGCUUAGAAACUUCAAUGUUUGCGAAAUAUUUUCCAGAACAAGUUUCCCUAGAGGCGCUUCACUUGAUUUACCAAGAAAAAUCUUAGACCAUGAUGGGGUAAUUUUCCUGGGAGAUUUGAAUUACAGAAUUUACCUACAGGAAUCAUCUGUUCGACGAUUAGUAUAUGCAAGAGACUGGAAUUCCCUGCUCGAAAAUGAUCAGCUAAGGAUGGAGCUGAUGCAUGGUGAAUUCAAAGGGUGGCAUGAAGGAUCAAUUGCAUUCGCUCCUACUUAUAAAUACCGUCCCAAUUCCGACGUAUACUACGGAUGUUUUCAUCAAAGCCAAAAGGGAGAAAAGAAACGUGCUCCCGCAUGGUGUGAUAGAAUAAUCUGGUAUGGGACAGGAUUGAAGCAACAUGUGUAUACCAGAGGGGAAGAGAAUUUCUCCGAUCAUAGGCCGGUGAAAGCAAUAUUUACGGCUGAAGUUGGGGUCUUACAUUCACUCAAACAAAUCCAAAGCUUUUUUUUGUCAGAAAGGUUUGAUAGAAUCACAAGCCUGCAGACCGAUGAUUUUGUGUGUAAAGGAAGAUCCAGCUUCCAAUUUUAAUAAUUGUAAAGGGAUUUUAAGAAAUUAAUUAAA